AUGCCUUCCAACGUCGACCCAGCCCUCGUCGAGGCGCUCGGCCUCGACCGCACGACAGCCAGCAUCGAGUCCCACGGCGGGUCUGGUUUUUCCUCGACGUACAAAUUGACGGGCGACAAAGACGGCAAACGCGUGAAAUACUUUGUCAAGACGGGAACCGGCGCCAGCGCCGCGACCAUGUUCCGAGGCGAGUUUGCGUCGCUCAACGCCAUUGCUGACGCCGUCGCCGACUUUUGCCCGCGGGCCCACGCAUACGGAGAGAUGCAGAACCGAGCUGGAGAGCACUUUUUAGCGACAGACUUUCUCGAGCUCGGUGGAAGCGGGGGUGGAAACAGGGCUGGCAGUGGGCUGUCGUUUGCGUCGAAACUGGCCGAGUUGCACACGCGAGAGAACACAUCCUUGCCCGACGGCACGCCGUUUGGCUUCCCCGUCACGACAUGCUGCGGCUCCACCGAGCAGGACAACAGCUGGAAAGCGUCUUGGUCGGAGUUCUACGCCGACAACCGCCUCCGCCACAUCCUCGCCGCCUGCCUGCGCAACAACGGCCCCGACAAGACGCUGUCCGAGUCCGUAGAGCGCCUAGCAUCUACAGUCGUGCCGCGCUUGCUGGGUGAUGGCCACCUGCGGCGCAGCAGCGAGCGCGGCGGUGGACCCAUCCGGCCCGCCGUCAUUCACGGCGACCUUUGGAGCGGCAACCACAGCCGCGGACGGAUUGUCGGCAGCGGUGGCGACAGCACCGGCGUCGAGGAGGUCGUGUAUGACCCCGCGAGUGUCUACGGCCAUUCCGAGUAUGAGCUGGGCAUCAUGCGCAUGUUUGGGGGGUUCUCGUCGGCAUUCUGGCGCGAGUACACAACGCUGGUGCCCAAAGACGAGCCGGUCCACGAGUGGGAGGACCGCGUGGCAUUGUACGAGUUAUAUCACCACUUGAACCACUUUUCCCUUUUUGGCGGAAGCUACCGCAGGGGUGCUAUGAGCAUUGUCGACAAGCUGCUCAAGAAAUACGGAUGA